AUGGAUGACAAUAUUAGAGCUCUCAUAGCAUAUAACUUCGAUUCAAUGAUAAUGGAUCAGUCCAACAAAUGCAAACAAGCAAAGAAGUCAAAAUUGCCAGAGAUCUUUGAUUUCGUUCUUUUUUGCAUAAAAACUUAUUCGAAUCAAACAAUUUAUCUAUUCCUGAAAGCAUUCAUUGAUUCCAAAUCCACCUUCAGCAGUGAAGAUGCCCAGAGAUUUUCCAAAUCUUGCAAUGAUCACUAUCGUAUCACAAAUAAUAACUUCCAUACUGAUGAAUUCUUUGAAAAAUUAUAUUUUCAAAGGUUGAGCUAUCAAGGUAAUAACGUUUCUGAUUUCAAAAAGCAAUUCUUUAACAGCACAAAUGACCAUUUCCAAAGAUACAAAAAACUUCAACCAAAUAUGCUUGAAUACUGCUGCAACAUGAUAUUUCACUUUGAAAGCAAUAAGCCGGUUCUUCAAAAACAAUCAACAGCUGAUCAAAAAGCAAAUAUUGAACAAAAUGCUCCUGUUACCACUAAUUAUCCAAAUGAUGGAGCAAUUUAUGAUUUACCUCCACAGCCAGCAGAUGAACAAGUACAAAUCACUGAUGGAAAUGAAGUGUAUCCUUUUGAUUCUUAUGAACCAACUUUUGAAGAUGACCAUUUUUACUUAGAAUUUGAUGGUUUCUAG